UCAAAUUAUUUGAGCCCAUUUCUCUGGAAAGCGAAGUGUCCAAAAAAAGUUGACCACUAAUUUCUAGACUAUAUGAAGAAAAGAAAAAUGAAAUAAAUAAAAUUUAAAAUGAGAAACUGGCUGUUGUUUUAGUUUGAGUGAAUGGUUCUUCACCACUCUCCAAUCCUUUUCCCGCCGUUGAUGCGCGGUUCCAGUUUCAGUCUACGACGCUUCUCUCUUUCCAACCAUUCUCAUUCCUUCAAACCUCUCUUUCCUUUUCCUCCUAAACACGAAUUCGACGAAUCUCAGCUCUUCCACUACCUAACUAAAGGGUUGCAUCACGAAGCACGAAAAAUUCUUCAAACUUUUCCAUGCAAAAAUCCCCACACCCGUGUGGUUCACUGGACCUCCUUGCUCACCAACUACGCCCGACAUGGUUACCUACAACAAGCUCGGAACUUGUUCGACGCAAUGCCUCACAGAAACAUUGUCACUCACAAUGCAAUGUUGUCUGCAUACCUGUACAAUGGUAUGAUUCGCCAUGCUCAAUGGUUUUUCAAUGAUAUGCCUGAGAGGAAUGUUGUUUCUUGGACAGCAAUGCUUAGUGGGUAUGCUGAUUCGGGUAAGAUCGAAGAUGCGAGGAAGGUGUUUGAUGAAAUGCCUGACAAGAAUGUUGUUUCGUGGAACUCGAUGGUGGUGGGGUUGAUUAGGAAUGGUAAUUUGGAUGAAGCGAGGAUGGUUUUUGAACGUACCCCUUUUAAAAAUGUGGUGUCUUGGAAUGCGAUGAUUGAGGGUUAUGUUGAAAGUGGUAGAAUGGAUGAAGCAAGAGCUUUGUUUGAUCAAAUGGGGUGUAGGAAUGUGGUUACUUGGACUAGUAUGAUAUCUGGGUAUUGUCGUGUCGGUGAUGUGGAUGAGGCUUGGUGUUUGUUCCGGAUUAUGCCGGAGAAAAAUGUUGUUUCUUGGACUGCGAUGAUUGGUGGGUUUGCGUGGAAUGGAUUCUAUCAAGAGGCAGUGUUGCUUUUUCUUCAGAUGAUGACACUUUCUGAAGCAAAACCCAAUGGAGAGACCUUUGUUUCUCUUGCCUACGCUUGUGCUGGUUUGGGGUUUCCUUGUCUUGGCAAGCAAUUGCAUGCUCAGAUGAUUGUUAAUAGCUGGAAGUUUGAUGAUUAUGAUGGUAGGUUAGGGAGAAGUCUUGUUAGGAUGUACUCUGUGUGUGGUCUUGUGGACUCUGCGCGCAGUUUGUUCGACGGUGAUCUGAAAAACUGUGAUGAUCAGUCUUUCAAUUCUAUGAUAAAUGGAUAUGUUCAGGCUGGUCAGUUAGAAAAGGCUCGAGAGUUGUUUGACACGGUCCCUAUUCGAAACAAAAUUGCAUGGACUUGCAUGAUUUCCGGAUAUCUUAGUGAUGGACAAGUAUUAAAGGCAUGCAGUCUCUUUGAUGACAUGCCUGAUAGUGAUAAGGAUUCCAUUGCAUGGACUUCAAUGAUUUAUGGGCAUGUCCAAAAUGAGCUAAUUGCUGAAGCCAUCAACUUAUUUGCUGAAAUGAUGGCUCAAGGUGUUCCUCCUAUAAAUUCUACUUAUGCUGUUCUUUUUGGAGCUGUGGGAUCUGUUGCAUAUCUUGAUCUGGGGCUGCAACUACAUAGUAUGCAGUUAAAGACUAUAGAUGAAUAUGAACAUGAUUUGCAUCUUGACAACUCUCUGAUUUCAAUGUAUGCAAAAUGUGGGGAGAUAGAUGAUGCAUAUAGGAUAUUUUCAAACAUGACUUGUCGAGACAAAAUAUCAUGGAACUCCAUGAUCAUGGGCCUUUCAGAUCAUGGGAGGGCCAGUGAAGCUUUGAAGAUGUAUGAAAACAUGCUCGAACUUGGGGUUUACCCAGAUGCUGUUACUUUCCUUGGUGUCCUAACAGCGUGUGCUCAUGCGGGUCUUGUUGAUAAAGGGUGGGAGUUAUUAAGUGUUAUGGUCAAUGAUUAUGACCUUCAACCUGGCUUGGAGCAUUAUAUUAGCAUCAUCAAUCUUCUGGGCCGAGCUGGAAGAGUGAAGGACGCAGAGGAGUUUGUGUUGAGGCUACCUGUUGAACCAAAUCAUGCGAUUUGGGGGGCGUUGAUUGGAGUGUGUGGUUUGAGUAAAACAGAUGCAGAUGUUGCUAGACGAGCAGCCAAACGAUUGCUUGAGUUGGAUCCUCUGAAUGCACCAGGUCAUGUGACCCUUUGCAACAUAUAUGCUGCGAAUAAUAGACACAUUGAGGAGACAAGUUUAAGAAGAGAAAUGAGGAUGAAAGGUGUGAGGAAGGCACCUGGAUGUAGUUGGAUAUUAGAGAAGGGUAGCGUUCAUGUUUUCUCAUCUGGUGAUAGAUUAGAUCCACAAGGAGAAGAUAUGUUGCUAUUAAUUUAAGGAAGAAAACAAUAUUUUUAGCCUAACAUAUGUACAUAAAGAGGCUGUUUUUGGCACAAAAACAUGUCACUUUUAGGUGAUAACUGACAAGGUAAACAUCCUUGUUAUUUCACCAUUAUGAAGAGUAGUUCCUUGGUGUAAAAAUUAGACGGCUCUCGAAUUCUCACUGGCCUGUUAACAAACUAAAAUCAAGUAAAGCCUUCAAGACUGAUUAUUUAUUUCUGCUAAGAUUGUUAAAAUUCUAAAUUAGAAUUAAACGCCAA